AUGGCGCAAGUCGCGCAGUCUAGCGCGCUUGCGCUCGACUUGCCGGCUGAUCUGGACUUGACACUUCUGCAAGCACAAAUCCAGGGCGUUCAGCCUGGUACGGAAGCGACACCUGACCGAUUGGCGUGCCCAGAUGGAAGUCUCAUCAUCACGCUGUAUCGUGCUCUGCAACACGCUGCAUACACCUUGAAUCAAGAGCGACAGGAGCGUCAGCGCGCUGACGUUGACUCUGAAACUGCGCUGCACACUGCGCAAGCAGCGGCGUCAGAGGCCACACAGCGCGCAGAAGCUGCUGAGCAGCGGGCCCUUACCUCCGAGGAGAGGCUCGUCACCACUCAGAGUGAGCUGCAUAAAGAGCGAGAGCGCAAGAAUGCGGAGACAAGUUCAGCCGCUCUGCCACAGGCAGGCUCAUCAGAAGCGGAGCGGCGCGUACAAGCUGUGGAAGAGGAGAAGCGUAAUCUCUUGGAGCUGCUGGACCGUGAGAAGCUCGAGAAUGCCAGGAAAGCUGGUCAGUGCUCUCGUGAACUGACAAUUGGCACGUGUCUGCUGAGCAUGGCUGAUCCCAAACACCCUCGUCUGCCGCAGAGGAACUGGAGACUCUAAGCGCUAGGGCACGUGAGACCCGAGCAGAAUUGUCCCGCCUCUCUUCGGACCUCUCAUCUGUGCGCGGCAGCGAAGGCACGCUUCGGGUGAGUGUGCAGGUGCGCAGUGAUCUCCUUGCGCCUUCAUUCAUUCCAUGACGUUUGUCUCCUGCAGUUCAAGACCCAAACUUUGGAACAACAGCUUGAGCUGGCACGCAACGACGCCAGCUGGGCUCAUGGCGAAUUGACUCGCGCUAACGAAGCCGCGAGCGCAGCUCGCACCUCCACGCGCAACGAGAUCAUUCAGUUGCAGGCAGCUCUUGAAAGUGCAACCUCUGCCGGCUCUGCGGCUCAGACCAAGUUAGACACCUUGCAGAACGCAUACAACACCAACCUGCAGAGACUCACCGAGGUUACGGACAAGCUUGCAGAUACGACAGCUCGAGCGGGUUCUCAAGAAGAGGCUUUCAGAGCCGAGAGCGCUACUCAACAGCGCCUCAUCUCAUUGCUUGAGCGAAGAGCCGAAGAUGCAGAUCGCAGAGCCAAGAAUGUGGAGGAUGAGUGGGAAGAUGUUCUCAGUCGCGCCCGAGACCUUGAACAAGUCGCAAGAGACGAAGCACGUGAAGAGGCUGACGCAAGGCGCAGAGCGGAGUCGCAGGUCAGCGAACUGCAAGAAGCGCUCGAUCGCCUAGCAGAAGGUGUCGGCAUCAACUUAGAUUCUGACGCGCUUCGCAGAGAAAGUAGUGCAGGCCCGCAAGGUAGCGAGCGCAGUUUUGCCAACUCGGCGCUCGGCGCAUCAUUCAGCUCUUCGUUCUCGCCUACGGCUGCCCUCGCAUCGAAGGUGCAGCGGAGCGGCAAGUCGUUUAGCGCCGUGUACAGCGACCUCGUGCGCACGCAGGAGGAGCUACGCCGCGAGCGCGCAGAAGUUGUUCGACUUGGCACUGUCCUGGAGCAAGUCAUGGCUGACUUGGAGGAUCGUGCUCCCGCGUUACAGGCCCAGCGCGAGGAGGUUCAACGGCUUGCAGCCGAUCUCGAGGAGCUUGCGGCUGAAAUGGCUCAAGCUGGUCAGGAACGCGAUGUAGCCCAGCGUUCUGCUAAGCUUGCAAAAGCAGAUGCCGAAGCGGCUCGCAGGGAAGCCGACGUAUCCGCACAGCAAAUAGCCGACUUGGGUCGUCAGGUUCGCAACUUGACGCGGGAAGCUAUCAUUCGAGAUGACCCAGCUGCAGCAACACGACUAGAUGAUGAUGGUUCUGACGGGUCAGAGACGAUUGAAGGUGACACCCAAGCCAUCAUCACCGCAGAACUAGUAACAUUCUCUUCCUUGUCGGGUCUGCUGGCACAAAAUCAACGUCUCUUGCACGCUAUAAGGGAGCUUGGAUCUCAGAAGGAGGCGGAAGAGCAAAAGCGUGCUUUGCAAGCAGAGCAAGACGAGAGCGAGGCGGUCGCAGAAGCUCGCAAUUUGAUCAUGCGUCUGCAAGAAGAGAUGAAGUCCGAGCGACAAAGGGCCGAGGCUGCUCGUCGCGAACGGGACAUGUUCAGAUCAAUGUGCGCGCGGACCGGAAGCUCCCUCGCAAUCGGUGCCGGCGCAACGGAGAAUGGCCCUGUCUCCGCCACCAGUACCAAUCUUGCAAGUCAAUAUGCUGAAUUGCAAGGACAAUUCGACACCUUUAGAGACGAGACAGCCCAGGACAUCGAGCGACUCAAGGAAGAUGUACACCGAGCAAGAGAGGAGGCUGGUCGGGCAUCAGUAGAAACCGCGCGCCAGAGAGCGAUGCGAGAGGCUGGCGAAGGUGAGUAGUCAUCGUGCGCACCCGACGCUGCUAGUGACUGACACGGACUCGGUACGUCCAGAACGCUAUCGAACGCUCAAUCAGACUUACGAGCUGGCCAGAUCGGAGCUAUCAGAGCUCAGCAAGCGCAACAACGCCAUUCAGGAACAGUUGACUCGUCGCGAGAUUUCUUCACACAGCGCAGAGACUCAGCUUCUGGAGGCUCGCUCGAGUCUCGAACGUUUGCGGAACGAAGCAGCCAACCUGCGCGCUGAGAAGGAACUCCACGCAAGUACACAACAGCGAGUGCUUGAGGAGAAUCGCAACCUCGUUAGUGAGAAGGCGGCCCUCUCAGAUCUACUGCGCAACGUUCAAGGCAUGCAGAAUGAGCUGGAACGAGCGGGCGGUGAAGCGAGAAGGCGUUUGGAAGCCAGCGUGUCUAACCUCGAAGAUCAGACACGAGACCUCCGCGAAAAGCUCACAAAAGAAGAGGAGAGCUCCCGACAGCUCAAACUUCAGCAUGAGGUCCAGGUCCGGGAUUUGAGCUUACGUCUCGAGAAGGCUGCGACGGAAGGCGCGACGGCGCGGGAGCAUCUUGCUGCCGCCAAAUCGGACGCCAGUCAUCUUGGCACACGGGUAGAGGAUCUCACCAAACAGCUGCAGUCCAAAGAGGAACGCUUAGCAGUCUUUGAGCGCCGCAAUGCGCCGUCUUCAUCGACAUCGCUGCUCACUCGCGAACAACAACUCGAGGUCGAAGUCGCAGACCUCCGCGGCAGUCUCAGCACUGUCCAAGUUGAGGCAGAGCAGGCUCGCGACCAUGUCGAACAGUUCAAAGCCAUCGCAGAAGCCAAUGAGGAGGCUCUUGGUGCGCUACAGAAGACGUACGAGGAGUACAAGGCACAGACUGAGGCAGAGCUAUCUCAGAAAGAGGUGAGUGAUAUGCCUUCACAAGGGCAAGGUGCAUCUGCUGAUAAUAUGCACUUCCUCUCAUCUCUCAGUCCGAGAUCAACAGUCGUCGUCAACGCCUGGACUCCCUUCUGUCUGAGCUGAGCUCCUCUCAGCAAGAGUCCACCACCGCUAGACAGGCGCUUGAGACUGCUCAGCGCACUUUCGCGGAAGAGAAACGUUCACUUGAGGCAGCGAUGGCCGAACUCGGCGGCCUCGAGGAGCGCGUGCGCGCUGAGCAGGAUGACUCGCGAGAUGAGGCAAGGAAGCAAGCUAAGCUUGCUCGUGAAGCGCAUGCCAAGUACGAGGCCGAGCUCGUUGCUCACGCCGACGACAUCAGAGCGCUGUCUGCCAUCAAGCAACAGGUAGAAACUGCGCAGAGGGAAGCGAGAGAGGCAAUCACAAUGCGUGAAACUGCUGAGGCGAAUCUGAGCGCGUCUCAGAGCAGCUGGGAAUCUCAGCGCUCCAUCAUCGCUAAGGAGAAGGAAGAGCUGCAAGUUCGCAUGGGAUCGCUCCAGGAGCAGAACACAAUACUGCACCAGCACCUCGAAAGCGUUAGUGCACAGGCUCGCCAAAUACGACAGGCUGCCGACCAGCUUCCUUCUGCCACCGGAAUCAGUGGAGAUGCAACCUCACUCGCGCAGGGUGCGCAAGGAGAGCUACAAGAGGUCAUCAACUACCUACGACGCGAAAAGGAGAUCGUUCAACUUCAGGUCGAACUGCGCGAUCAGGAGAUUGUCCGAUUGCGGCAAGGUCUCGAGCACAGCACUGCGGCUCACAACACUGCUCAAGCACAGUUGGCUGAAGAGCGCGCCCGCGCUAGUUCCGACGGCAGCAGCAGCAAGCAUCACGAGGAGCUUCUUGAGAAGGUCAAUCAGCUAAGCAUUCUCCGCGAGAGCAACGCAACGCUUCGCGACGAGGCCGAGCGUGCUACACGCAAGGCUGCGCAACUCGAGUCACAACUCAACGCUCGCAAUGCCGAGCUAGAGCCUUUGCGGGAACAAUUACGCAUUACGCAGGUGGAACUCGAAGCGAAAGAAGGUCAGCUUCGCAUCAUUCAAGAGGAUAACAAGCGAUGGCAGGCACGAGCGCAGAGCAUUCUUCAACAAUACAACCGCGUCGAUCCCGAAGACAUCGCCAAGCUUGAAGAGCGGGCAAAGGCUGCCGAGAAAGCUGUCGAAGACGAAAAGGAGAAAGCCCGUGUCUCCUCGAGCGAUGCCGCGGAAGAGUUGCAGAAGCAAACCCAAGCAGUAAGUUUGGCUGCGCACAGAAGGUGCUACAGAAUCAUGUUGACGCUUGUACUCCAUGACAGCUUGACAAAGCCAAGGCUGAUCUCACUACGGCAGAGGAGAAAUUCGGGCGCCUCAAGCAGCAGACGCAGGAGCGACUCCGGACGUCGGACAGUCAGAAGCGAGAAGCACAGGCCGAAGCCAACCAGCUAAGAGCCACCGCAUCGCGCGUCGCUGCAGCGGAGGCUUUGGAAAAGGCGAAUGAAGAAUUCAAGGCUCAGAACGAACAGCUACAGACUCAGCUGAACUCUCUCGAAGAGUCGUCGGCGGUGCUUCGCUCUGAGGUGGAGAGUUUGCAACAACGUCUCGAAGAAGGGAGUAAAGCGGAUCCUAGUCCCAGCGAUGCGGUUGCGCAGCAGGCAUCCGGGCAAUCUACAGACGAGGCUGUCACAAAGGCUAUACAAGAAGCUCGUGUUUCUUGGGACGCAGAGAAGCGCGAAUUUGAGGCCGCCAAAGCCCGUAGCGAGGAAGUCCAUCGUGAGCUGUCUGCCAAGCAUCAAGAGUCACAGACAGCACUGGUGCGUGCCCCGCUCUAGCUCAGUCCUAAAUUUCAGUUCUGUUUGACUUCCACGCUGACUGUGCCCUCCGCUCUCUCUGCACUGCAGGAGACAGCGCAGCGAGAAUUUGGCGAGCAAGCAGCAAGGCUGCGUGCAGAGUGGGAAGCCAAUCAUCUUUCCGAGAUUGAGCAAGCAGCUGCAAAGCGCGCGUCUCAGGGACAAAACGCUUCCUCGGCCGGUGCAGCCAAAGUCGAUGAAGCUGAGGAAGGCGAGGCGGAUGCUGAAAGAGGAUCUCCGAGCGCGGUCGCCUCUGCGCGCGUCGCGGAGCUCCAAGCUGCUCUCGAUGCUGCUAAUACAAGGAUUGCAGAGCUUCAGGCGGAGCUCGACGCUCUGAAGUCAUCGCUGGAUGGCUCAGGUCCUGAUCAAAAAGUCAUUGAGGAUCUCAAACAGGCGCACUCGGAAGCGCUCGAGCAACAAGAGUCGCACCUCGCGCAGCUUUACGCCAAACGCCAGCAACAAGCCAUUGACGUCGCACUCAAGAAACGAGGACAGCAAUCGAUCCCCUCUGACGUUCAGCAAACCAUCGAGGCACGUGUAAAGGAGGGUGUCGAGCAAGCAGAGAAGCAAUGGCAAGAACAGCACAAGGAGGUGCUUGAAGCAAGGUAUCAAGCAGGCAAGAGCGAAGCCAAUCUAAGAAACGAAGUUGUCGUCAAACUCCGUGACAAGAAGAUCGCUACGCUCACUACGCAGCUAGCUGAAGCCAAGGGAGAGCCAUUGCCCACUACCUCAAGCACGCAAAGCAGCCAAGCUGUAGCUUCGAGCGCUGAGGCCGUAACUUCUUCGACAGUUCCAGCUGCAAUGCCUGCAUCCACGGCGGCGGUCGUCACUUCCGCGCCUGUCGAAGCAGCUGAAAGCGCGAGCUCCACUGCAUCGGCUGCCUCCAAUGGGCAAGCUGUCGCAGCACCGUCUGCAUCUGCAUCUGUGCCCGUUGCGCCAGCAGCUGUGCGCGGCCGAGGCGGUGGGCCUACCCGAGCUACGACCAUCAUCCGUGGAGGCCGAGGAGGCAGAGGCGGAGCAAACUCCGCGGGUAGUACCACCGGGAAAAGAGCAGCGGAAGAAGGCUCCAACAAUGGCACCUUGACUUCCAAGCGUGCUCGACCUGUGGGUGGAACAAUCCCCAUUCGUGGCUCUCGAGGAGGAAGAGGAAGAGGUGGAGGAGGCUCCACAGAUUAAAGUGGACUUUCAUGUCGGCCGCCACAAGCAUCAGUUGA